GGGCCUGAUAAUAAAGGAAUUUAUAAAGGUGAUCGAGAGUCCAGUGGAAAAUACACGUUUGCUGCCCACAUGGAUGGAACUUACAAGUUUUGCUUUAGCAACAGAAUGUCCACCAUGACUCCCAAGAUAGUGAUGUUCACUAUUGAUAUUGGAGAAGCUCCAAAGGGGCAGGACAUGGAGACAGAAGGUGGUGGAGAUACCUGGGAUGCUCAUCAGAACAAGCUAGAAGAGAUGAUUAAUGAGUUAGCAGUGGCCAUGACGGCUGUAAAGCAUGAACAAGAGUACAUGGAAGUUCGUGAAAGAAUACAUAGAGCAAUUAAUGACAACACAAACAGCAGAGUGGUUCUUUGGUCAUUCUUUGAAGCUCUUGUACUAGUUGCCAUGACACUGGGACAAAUCUACUAUCUGAAGAGGUUUUUUGAAGUCCGAAGGGUUGUUUAAGAGUACUUUUCUGGUCCCGGAUUUCAGUUCACUGUCUACCAAACAUCCUGGUCACAAAAAGAGUCAUUUACUUUCUGAACCCUCUUUACUGAACUGUAAAACUUAUUUGCUUUAUGUUCCUUCCUAGUUAAAAAAGAAUUGUUUUUAUAUAUCUUCUGUAGCAUAAGCUGUGCUGAAAUCUUGUCACUUAAUUGGCAUAACUUUUUUCACUUCAAAUCUGCCUAGUCUGUAUGCUAAGCAAGGUCCAAGCAAGCUGCAAAUGCUGUAAUCCACUGUAGUAAGAAGCAGCAUUGGUGUCUUUUCUAACUCUUUGCCCUGUUUUCGUAAGUACUUGCAGUUCUACCUAAAGGAAACGGUACAAGGCCCUAACGUGACUGUUUGCAAUUUU